AUGUCUCGACCCUCGCUUCGAAAGCUACUGAAAACCCGGCAUAAGAACUCCCGCUUGAAACCGUUACUGAGCACACAGAUCACUGUGGUACUCGAGAAAAAGAGUCAGCCGCUUAGAGGAGAGGCUCGAGUUGAGGUUGCUAAUAGUGAUAGAGUGAUCGAAUCGGACGCUGUGCCAUUGAUUGAUCAGCUCUUAGAUGGGCUUGUUGAGAUAGGUCAGAAUGAAGCAAAUGCCCCUAGUGGAAGGAAUAUGCCCAGAGGUGGUUUAGAGAAUAAGUCAAUAAGUAAGAUCGAAAGGGCAGGGAUAUCUCUGGGGCUAGUUAAACAUAUGUCGCAAAGAGUAGUAUCUGAAUCUGUAUCUGAUGAGGAUACUGCUGCAGCGGCUGAGGCUGUGCGACUUCUUGAGAGCACCGACGGAGCGAAGCAAUUCAACCAGAGUAUCCCAGCUCUCAAGUUAGCUCGGGACGGGAGGAACCACAUAACUUGCUCGGAAGCUAUUGCAUUGAUAGGCAGAGCUUACCGGUACAAUAAAGCAGGCAAUUGA